AUGUCGUGGUUCCGAAUGCAAUUGCUUAAAACUCCUAAAUACCUUUGUAAACGACUUCUAAAUACACAUGCUAAGUUGAGUCCACUGGCUGAUGCUUUCAACUACUGCCACUUAAAUACGGAGAACGAAUUGUUAAACAAAACUACAGGACUUUUUCGUCAACCGAGUUUAAUAUCUCCACAUGGUUUUCAAAGUCUUGUCAGCUCCACUAUGAAAGAGUGUCACAUUCUGUUAAAUGAAGCUAUUUCUGAAACCAGGGUUAGAAAGAUGGUUCAGAUAUUGGACGACAUUUCAGACAGUCUGUGUCGAGUUGCUGAUUUAUCCGAUUGUAUGCGAAUGCUUCACCCUGACGAAGCGUAUCGUUAUUCUGCUCAAAAAGCCUGUCAAUCAAUAGGUCAACUGGUUGAAGAGUUGAACACUAACUCCGAACUGUAUAAUGCCUCUGUACGAGCGUGUAGAUCACCGCAUGUAAAUAAGCUAAGUCCAGAUUUACACAUGGAUAAUGUCGAUAAACGUGUGCUUGACUUAUUUGUUGCUGAUUUCGAGCUCUCCGGUGUUCAACUGCAAGAUCCCAGUCGUCAUCAACAAUUUGUCCGUGCUGCUUCACUUGCUUUAAACUAUGGAGCGGAAUUCAUUGAGGCGUGUCAUAGUCCCGUAUCAUUUCCAUCGAAAUUUAUACCAAAUAGCCAAUCGAAUUCAAUUGAACUUAUACACCCACUUACUGAUCAUCCAGAUCCUGCUGUGCGUUUGGCCACUUAUCAUGCUUAUUAUGCACCGAUAGACGGUCAAGAGAAACGCUUAGAACAGCUUUUGAAUGCAAGACAUGAAAUGGCACAAGCCGCUGGUUUUAAAAAUUAUGCUAAACGUUCUACACUGCAUAGUCUGGCUGAAACACCUGAAAAUAUUGAAGAAUUUCUACAGCAUGUUUGCCAGAAACUUCAUCCGAUUACUACAGAAGUAGUUAGAGAACAAUUUUUGCCAAUUGUUAAAAGCUGUUAUCAAAAAAUGGUUGACAAUAAACAAAAUCACUAUGAUACUAAUGUGAUUCGGCCUAGUGAUUUACCUUAUGUCUUGGGUGUUAAACGUAAUGCCAUAUACAGUAAUCACUUAGCUGACUACUUUUCGUUGGGUGCGUGUAUGGAAGGUGUGAGUCAGCUAGCAAAUUGUUUAUUUGGAUUACGCCUAGAAGUUGUACCAGUUGAAGCUGGUGAAACAUGGCAUCCGUCUGUUGUCAAAGUUAAUGUCUAUUCAUCAAAUGACAAUAAAAAUAAUUCAACAGAGCCUAUCGGAACAGUCUAUUGUGAUUUACUCGAUCGUCCUGGUAAACCGGCACAAGAUUGUCAUUAUACAAUACGUGGUGGUCGGUGUGUGUUCAGUGAUUCAAAUACUCCGUCAUAUCAAUCCCCAAUUAUUACACUCCAACUGACAAUAUCUCCAUCACAGUCGAAAUCUGUGCCACCAUUACUCAGUUUAGGACAGGUGGAAAAUUUAUUUCAUGAAUGGGGUCAUGCCUUGCAUUCAAUGCUGGCGCGUACACGAUAUCAGCAUGUCACGGGAACACGGUGCAGUACUGAUUUAGCUGAAAUCCCAUCCACACUAUUUGAACACUUUGCAUUGGACUCACGUGUAACACUGGAAUAUGCCAGACAUUGGAGAACAGGACGUAGACCGGAUCCUACUGAAAUGAAAAUAUUAGAACAAUUAUUUAUUGCUCGUGGACUUGGUCAAAGUGUAGAAGUCAGCCAGCAGGCUACUUAUGCUAUUCUGGAUCAAAUUUUACAUUCAGGUCCACCUGAAGAUAUUCUACUUCCGUAUGCAAGAUUACCGCAAGAUUCAAUGGAUAGUUUAUGGCCGGCAUCGGCUAAACUACUUUCAGAUAUUCAAUGCAAGGCUGGCUUAUCCGAUUGGUUGAAUUGUUCACCAGGACAUUUAUGUGCAUGGCCGCAUCGUUUCACUCAUUUAGUCAAUUACGGUGGACGUUAUUAUGCUUAUUUAAUGGCAAGAGCUGGAGCUGAUCUAAUAUGGAGGCGUUAUUUUUCCAAAGACCCCUGGAAUUCUUCCAGUGGACAGGUUUAUGUUGAAAAAUUACUCUCGCGUGGAGGUGAAUAUCCUGCAGGCAAUAUGCUCUCCGAUUUACUUGCAGUGAACCAAUCGGAUUCCAGUCGACACCACAGCGAAGUCAAUAGUGCUACUACUGCUACUACGACGAGUGAUAAUAAUCCUCUUGUCUUAUCACCGGUCAAAUUAGCUGAAGGUCUAACAGAUCAAAUAGAAGAAAUUGAGACAGCUUCAGCCUCUGUAUUGAAUCGUAUUCACUCGCCUAGUUUAUUCAGACCAGAGAUAUACAGUUGA